GCUGUGCCAGGUGAUGAGACGUGCGCUCCCGUUUUGUGGCGCGUGCUCGUGUGUAAUGCGCGCCCCCACACGGUGCUUGUCUUGUGAAGAUGGCUACGGAGCUGUGGAACCGAGUGGAGAUUGUACGUCCUUGUACCAUAUCGACGACAAAUUUCUGUUUUAGCGAGGGCACAGGUAACUGCCUAAAGGGCCUUCUCCGUCACUCUCAUAACGUCUUGGAUUUGCUGAGGAGCAAAGCCUUCAAACUGGAAGUUUCAGUCUUGCAUGGAAUUCUAUAUUCAUACAACCAUCGGCUUCACCAUCAUAAGCCCUUUAAAGCCCUGAAACAGGUAGAUCAAUGUCUAAAACGUGUGUAUGAUAUGAAACUGGAGGCCAUCCUUGAAGAUCUUAAGGACAUGUGUCCCACGAAACUCCCAAAAUCUGUGCCUAAGGGGAGUGUACAUGAAGUGCCAAGCCAGCCGAUAUUGGAGUGGUUUUUACUUAAAUUACUGGGAGGCUGCAAACUUCUGCUUUGUGCUAUGGACAGUUGCAGCAAGGUGUUUCAACUGUCUGUGCAGUUCAUCCGAUGGGAAGAGUACAUUGUCUUGAAUGUGGUUGUUAUUGGAAUGAUAAGCAGGUUAUGGGUUCUAUUCCAAGGCGUUCUGCAAUGCAUGGCAGCUCUUUAUGAGAACACAUUAGCUCUAACACAAGAGGUCUCCCACGUGCAGCAGUUACCCUUUGUGAAAGACUUUACAUUUCCAUGUGAUAUCGCCAGUUUCCUAGGCCCAGCUUAUUUGGAAGCUGUAAACAUGGCACUGCCAAAAGUUCCAGUCAUCAGAGGAGCUAAAAUCGGAAGACGAUCAAAAGCUAAAUUGUUGGAUAAACUGUUUGUAUCCAAGCUUCCUGAAAGCAAUAAAAGAGAGAAGAUGCAUCAGAAGUUCCAACCUGCUCUGAGAAGGAGGAAGCAUGUGGACUUGGGCACUCCAGUUUUAGAAAGGCGAUCUAAAGUGCAAGGAGAAUUAUCUCAAUUUGAUGUCAAAGAUCUGCUCCGACUACCUGGAUCUAAGCUUACUACAGUAGAGUCUACUAAAUCGUUUGCCUCAGAGAUUCACAGCGCCCGUUCUUUUCAAGACCUGACUGAACAGCUGAAGAAGAUGGUGCGCUGCUUUAGAGAAAAGAAUCUCAAAGAGAAGAACACGUUUCUCCGGGGCCUCCUUCUCAAGUGUGUGCGGCUGAAGCAUUUGGAGUCCCGAGGAUACAGAUUAACUUUGAAGAUGAAAUGUCUGAAAAAAAGCAUCUGCAAAUUCUUGGAUGGACAAAUUUUACCAAAGAAAUGCCUGAAUUCCCGAAAAAGGUGGUCUCUGAAGGCUCAUUUUCUAAGGAAUAUUCCACUCAGGAAUAAAAAUUUAAACAUUGAACAGAAGGCCACGGUCACUCUUCAUGAACAUAUGCCAGGAUCAAAUGGAGGUAUGCAGAUGUUUAUAAGUAAUCAUUCCAACCAGUGGUCCACCAGCAGACUCCUGACUUCUCACAAAGGUCUUCAACUGAAAUCAACUGGGAAAUGCACCAGUGACCAAGAUUCUGUCUCUCCGAGCUUAAACACGAGAACUGAGCUGAAGUGCGGCCCUGCAGGCGAUGCUAUUGACAAUAUUUUUGCGAGAAUUGGAUUAUAGUCCUUAUCUGCACACCAUGUUUAAACUCUUUACUUUUUGCGACAAUGGCAUCACAGGAAAUUUCUUCCCCAAUUUUAACGAGCUUCUACGUGUAAUGAGGUUGGACAAGCAGUGCUGUACUUAAACACUUCAGAUACGAUGUUUUUACAGGAUACAGAAUUGAAUUCCACAGAAGUGUGUUCUGCCAAAUUCUAAAAUUGGGUUAAUGUGGGAACAGCCUGUUUUAAGAAGUUCAGUUUUAUGAACAUCUUAACUACUUUUAAAUUCCAUUAAUUCAUUUAAAUUCAAAUCCAGUAGAUGUGUGGGCAGCAACUGAAGUUACUGAUUACACUCACUCUGAUACUGUACAAGUAUUCGCUGUUUUUUUGAAGGUGUUUUGCUGGUGAAAACUGAAGCCAAAGAAGGUGUAUGAACUUUGACAUUUACAACAUUAUUCUUAAAAAAAAAAAAAAAAAAAAAAAAAAAAAAAAUUCAGUCAGUUCAGAAUUGUAAUAAUCUGUGGAAUAAACACAAUACCCAGUUACAGCUCUCUGCAUGCAUCUCAUAGAGUUGUAGUGCUGGGUUCAAAUCUUCAAGUCUUGUCAUCGUCUGAGCAGAGUCUGCAGGAGUUCACUGUGUCUGUGUGAGGCGGUGUGGGUCGACCCCACGCUACUGGGUCCUUCCGGUGAGCCUCCUGAACUUACAUACCUAAGGGAUGAGCCCAAUGAAUGAGGACACAACACCCGUUUAGCAAGGGGUAGGUGUAGAAGUGCUUCAGUGCUUUUAUUAAUACAGUCAAAAAGCAAAUAGUGUCCACAAGUGCCGU